AUGGAGAUAUUAGAAAAAUCAGUUAAUAUAUUAGAUUCCUUAAAAUAAAAAUAUAUUCAUUAAUUCCCUAAUAUAAUAAUUAGUUGUGGAGAUACACCUUCUUUUUCUGUUUGUGAAAAUUUAAAUUCUAAAAUAGAUGAGUGUAGGCCUGGAAACUUUAUUCUUUAUGAUGUUAUGUAAACAGUUUUAGGAAGUUGUAACGCUACUGAUAUAGCAAUCUGUGUGGGAUGUCCAAUUGUUUUACAUAAAUAUCCUCCAAGUCCAUCAACGGAAAGAGCUCAUCCUUUAUGUAUAGACAUUCAUAUCCCUACAAAUCGCAUAUUAUAUUGUACAUGUAAUAUAAUAGUAAUUAGAGACUUAUAAAAUCCCACAAAACAUGUUCGUGUAUUUUCCGAACAUAAGUCAAUUACUAAAGCUGCUAGAUUUUCUCCAAACGGUAGAUUAGUAUGUUCUGGAGGUGUAAUUGAAGGAGUUUUAGAACAUUAUGGUUCUAAAAUAACUAGUAUUUAAUUUUCUCAUAAUAAUAAGUACUUAUUAUGUGGUGAUUCUUAAUAUAAAAUAAGACUUUGGGAUUUAUAAAAUUAAAAAUCUUUAACAGAAAACUUAGUAUUUCAUACUGCUAUGAUAUUUAGUUUAAAAUUUAGCGAAAAUGAUAAUUUCUUUAUAAGUAGUUCUUUAGAUAAUAGAGCUAUAGUUUGGAAUACAAAUUCAUUUGAAAAAAUAUUAGAUCUCGAAUUUAUUCAUAAAGGAGGUAUAAAUUGCGCUAUUUUUGGUUUAGAUAAAAAAAGUAUAUACACUUGUGGAGGUGAUGGAUUAAUUAAUGCAUUUAUUUCAGAAUAAAAUUUAUUUGAUUGA